AUAGAAGUAACACCGACUGGAUACAUGUGAGUUUCAGGUGCAUGUCAGUGGCAUUUGCUGCCUCUGAAGUGACAGCGGUGUUGUGGAUCCAGAGCAAUGCAGCGGCUGUACGUUGGUGGGUUGAGCCACACGGUCACUGAGAAGGACCUGAAGGAUCGGUUUGGAAAGUUUGGACAAGUGGAGGAUGUGGAGCUCCGUACCAGGAGAGAUGAUGAGGGAGUUCCUUAUAAAACCUUCGGCUACAUCAACAUCAACAUUUCAGAGGCUGAUUUAAAGAAGUGUUUGACGGUGCUGAACAGAUCCAAAUGGAAAGGAGGAACUCUACAGAUAGAGACGGCGAAAGAGAGCUUCCUGCACAAAUUGGCUCAGGAGCGGCAGGCAGCAGCAGAGCGGCACCUCCAGCCUCCCGCAGCCGACGGCCCGAGACAGAAGCUUCUGGACUCCCUGAGCAAAGCUGGAGUGGACAACUUCACCAUGAAGGCGGCUGUUCCGGGGACGGAAAUACCAGGGCACAAGGACUGGGUGGUUAGUAAAUUUGGACGAGUCCUCCCCGUCCUGCAGCUCAAAUGUCAGAAAGGCAGCAAAGCCCGGACCCUGAAGUACGACCCGUCCAAAUACAGCCACAACAUCCGCCGGCUGGACCGUGACGCCCCAGAACAGGUCACACCCGUAGCCAAGCUCACCUGGGAAGUGCAAGGAGGAGACGACGACAUCAGCAAGAAACGGCGAGGCGAGUUUCCACCGUUCCAGCCGUCAAGGCCCAAGAAAAGCCGUACAGAUGUUGUCAACAUACAGAAUGCCCUGAGCACAGCCAGAAUGGAGUCUGCACCACCGACGGUCAGACACACUCAGGCUCAUCCGCUCACCAACGGAUUCAAACCAGCAGCCAGUCAGCGAGUAGCUCAGAAGAGGACGAUGCAUAUUACGGACAGCGAUGUCGACUCGGACGAAGAAAUCCGCAGACUGGCAGCAGCUCAGCAGACGUCCCAUGAUGCACUGCUGCAGGAGGCAGAGGAGGAUAACCUGGAAGUGGUCAGUUAUGACUACUUGACCAAAUCUAGACACAAAGGUGACAGAGACGAGGAUGAUUAUGACUCCGCCGACACAGACGAGCUGUUUUCAUCCAGGAAUCCUCCGCCUCCUCCUCAACCUCAGGGAAAACUUACCUCAAAUCAAAACAACACAGCCGUGAAGAAAAAGGCAAAGAGGAAAAAUCAAGCUGAAGAGGAAGAAGAUGCAGCCGACGACCUCAGCACUAAAAAACUUUGCUCCACUCUGCCAAAAGGAGAGUCUGCUAAAGAGAAACAAGCGGAGAAAACAUCGGUUCCUCCAGUAGUACAGCGCUCCUCCUCUGAAUCUGAUGAUGAUGAUGAUGAUGAUGACGAUGAUGAUGAUCAGGAUCAGGAGGAUUCAGAAUCAGGAGGAUCUGAUUAUGAAGCCAUGUUUUCUAACGUCACCCAUCUGGAGAUCUCCUUUGAGGACCUAAAGAAACUCGGUGAAGACGCCCAGCAGAGCGAGAACACAGCCGACCUCCAACCAGAAAGCGCCUCCUCCACGUCUUCAGAGCGACGCCCUCCCAAGAAGGGCAUCACGCCCGAGGAGAUCCUCGCCGCCAUCUUGGGUGAGGACAACAUUGAGGACGAGCGGGAGAAAAAGAAGAAGAAGAAAACGAGAGGCGUCACAUCGACGCCUCUGCCUGCUUUCCUGGGGUCCAAAGUGCUGGAUGAAGAGUCGGGAAGCGGCGAGAGACCCAAAGAAGAAGAGGAGCAGCAUAGCCUGUUCACUGGAAAAACCAAAACGAGUGAAAACGCUCAGAAAGUUGCAAAGAAGAAGACUCCAGAAAGCAGCAAGGAUGAGGAGGAGGUGAAGGGAGAUGUGGUGAAGAGCACGGCAGGGCCUGGAGUUUUAAAAACAGCUGGACGUAAAGUUCUUGUGACUGAAGAGAUGUCUGAGACGAGCGCUUCCUCGAGCAGUGAAGAUGAGGAGGAGGAGGAGGAAGAAGAGCAGCAGAGGAAGGUCACGCAGACCACGUCGACAUCGAAACCUGAAGCACAGUCUUCAUCGUCUUCCUGCAGCUCUCCUGAGAAAGACAAGAAGGAACAAAAGAGGAUUCCUGCUGCUGAUGCUCUGAGAGCUGCUCCUCGCCCGGCUCUGCACAGUGAGUCCUCUUCCAGCGAGGAGGAGGAGGAGGAGGAGGAAGGGGAGCAGCGUCCCACCCGGGUGGUGCUGGGAGCCAAAGAGGAAGCGGAGCGGCAGAGGGAGGCCAACCUGAGGAGGCUGGCCGCCGUUCAGCAGAAGCAGAAAGAGGCUGAAGAGCACAAGAAGCUGAUCCAGGGAGCUCUGGCCAAGCUGGACACUCCAGCAGCAGGAUCAGGGAAACGCAUCGUCUUUAACUCUGAUGACGAUGAUGAUGAGGAUGAAGAUGAUGAUGAUGAUGAUGAUGAAGGUACAGAUAAACAGCAGACACUCUUGGGGACCACAGCGUCAAAGAAGACCCUGUUGGAGGACAGCCAGUCGGAGGACGAGGUGCCUGCUGAUGAAGCAGCAGCCAGUGGAAGGAGAACGGCUAAAGAGAAAGUCCGUCAGAAACCUGCAGGGCCUCAGCUGUUUGGUGGCAGUGAGGAUGAGGAGGGCAGCGACGAAGAGGAGGAUGGCAGCAGGUUCGACAUCAGGCCUCAGUUUGAAGGUCCAGCAGGACAGAAGCUGAUGGAGCUGCAGUCUCGCUUCGGGACAGACGAGCGUUUCCGGAUGGACUCCCGCUUCCUGGAGGAGGACGAGGAUAAAGAGGAGGACUCAGACGUGAAGAGGAGCCAGACGGAGGAAGACGAGGCUCUGGAGGAGGAGAGGAAGAAGAGCCUGUCCAUUCUGCAGAGCGUCCUCGGCAGCAGCCAACAAACCUGCAGCAGCAAGACGGCUGUCAAAGCCAAAAAAUUCAGGGAUGUGUCUGCGCUGCAUUACGACCCCAGUAAAGAGGAACACGCCGCGUUUGAGACUAAAACGGAUGAAUCCAAGAAGGAGAGCAAAUCAGCCAGGAAGAAGAAGAGGGAAGAGGCCCUGAAGCUUCCUGAAGUUUCUAAAGAGAUUUAUUACGACGUUUCCGGCGAUCUGAAAGCCGUGUUCGGCCAGACGAAGGACGGCGUCACUGAGGGAGAGGAGAACCUGAACUGGGAUCAGGUGGAGGAGAAAGAAGACAAAGAGGAAGAGGAGGAAAAGGAGGAGGAGGAAGAGCCGGCCGCACCAUCGUCUCUGCUCUCAGCUGAACCCCAGAAGGACAGCUCCUCUGGAUUUAUGUUCUCCUUCUUUGGAGAAGACGCAGAAACAGCUAGUGGAGAAACAGCUGAGUACAAGGUGGAGAGCAUCCAGGCUCCAAAGGUGUCAUGGCAACAAGACCCACGUUUCCAUGACAGCAGUUCAGACGAGGAGGAGGAGGAUGGGAGUGAGGAGGAGGAGGAGGAGGAGGAGGAGGAAGACAAGGAGCAAAGCAGCACAACUCCUAAAAUUACAAAGGAGGAGCCGCUCGUAAAGACAGAUUCGUUCUUCUUCCACCCUGAGGACACCAGACUGACUGAGGGUCCUCGGUUGUUCUGCCGCACGUCGGACCUGGAGGAGCAGAAGGAGCAGUGGGAGGAGCGGAGGACCGCGCUCAGACAGGAAUAUCGGAAGAAGCACAAGGAUGCUCGAAGGAAAAUAACUUCCUCCCUGAAAAGAUGAGGAUUGUGGGAACUUCAAACUCACUAAUGUUGACAUUAAGACUCUGGAUCAAAAUAUUUUUUGUACAUUUGUUGUUGUUGG